CUAUACAAUCACCAACACCAUCAAUGACUUUACAAUCAUCAACACCAUCAAUGACUUUACAAUCAUCAAUGACUAUACAAUCAUCAAUAACAUCAAUGACUAUACAAUCAUCAACAUCAUCAAUGACGAUACAAUCAUCAACACCAUCAAUGACUAUACAAUCAUCAACACCAUCAAUGACUAUACAAUCACCGAUACCAUCAAUGACUAUACAAUCAUCAAUAACAUCAAUGACUAUACAAUCAUCAACAUCAUCAAUGACGAUACAAUCAUCAACACCAUCAAUGACUAUACAAUCAUCAACACCAUCAAUGACUAUACAAUCAUCAUCAUUUUUGGCAGUAAUGUCACCAUCAUACUCAAUCAUGGCAACAUCCUUUACAAUAGCUACGGAGUCUGUUUCGCCUUCCCAGACAGAAGACUAUGUGACACCAUCAACAACAAGUCCAGUUCCAGUUAUACAUAUUACUAAAAAAGAAUUCAACAGCAAUGCAGACUUCUACAAACAAAUUGUUAAGUUUGAACCAGAGCCCACAGAAGGGAAACACUCUACAAUAAUAGGCUCAUUUGCUCUUAUGAUUUUAAUAUUUGAGAUUGCCCUAGUCGUGGCCAUUGACUUAAUAACAAUACAAAGCAGCAGAGAACAAUACAAACUCAGCCAACUGAGGCAACGUAAGAAAAAAGCAAAACGGGCUUGGAAGAAAAUGAAAAAUUUGAAAAAGGCUACCAAACUGUUUGGUUUAUUAGGUAAAAGUAAAAGACCUUUUGGAAAACCUGAUCCAAAUUUUAGAAAGAAUGACAGUAAUUUUGAUGAAAUGCAUGAAAAUAUACCUGAGGGAGAUAAUAAGGAGAUUGAAAAUGAGGAUUUUCUAAAUGCUGAAAUCACGAGCAACCAUUGUCCUACUGAAGAUAUUAAGAGUGUGGACACUCUAAUUGAUGAAAUAUUACAUGAGGAAAUUGAUUCUUUAUCAUUAGAUAAUAGCAACAUAAAAUAAUUGAUAAUUUAAAGCAAAUUAGAUAAUGACUUUAUUAUGGCAUUGUGAAGAAUUUCAUACAAAUAGAG